AUGACGGUCCUCGUGGGAGAGGCAAUUCUGCCAGACAAUGCUCUAAAGUCUAUACUUCCGGUAUUUCAGCAAUGCGAAACCGCCAGUGACGAUGCCCCUCCUACCAAACGGCGCAAGGUUGUUAAAGCUGGACAAUGGAGUCUCUCUCAAGAAAAUGGUGUCACGGAUACAGGGAUUCCUCUGGGUUAUAUUCCAUUGGCACGAUUGACUUUGCGCAUUAAAAUCCCAGACACUCUUUUACACCACUACCACUCGCUCAAAAAGGACUCUCGGUUUCCUGUUCUUGUCACAGCCAAUUCAGGCCUUCAACAGAUGGGUGGCAAGUCGUCUUGCAUGCAACUCGAACUGUUCGACUAUGAGAAGAAGCAGCUCCUCUCCUAUUCAUGUCACGAUGCCGCGUUAUUUGAUCUCAUUCGACAAAUUGAGCUUGCAAGCAAGUUGACACCAGCAGAGCGUGCUUCGAAGCGUGAUCCAAUUGCCUGCUAUCAAGCGCAUUUACAUGCGUUUCCUGAGAGUGAAUAUUUGAACCUGGAGGUAGUCACUCUCUGGGCAGAUUCCCCGGAAUCUCCAGAUGUCAAGUCCAUGCAAGACUCGGUUUUAGAAGCUUUCACAGAGUAUGUGCUUCAAGAGGGCUCUCGCUUGUCGAGCAUCCCCGCGCAGAGUAAUCGCCGGGAAGCAAUGAUGGGAGUGUAUCGUGAAUGGUCUCCUCGCGAGUUUUAUGACAGCGUUCACGUUCCUCAAACUCCAGAUACAACAGCAGCAGGCCUCAAAUGUCCCGGUGUCGAUUGCGAGCUUUUCCCGUUCCAAAAGCGCGCAGUUCGAUGGUUGUUACAGCGAGAAGGGAAGGAUAUUCAACAAGAUGGGCAAUUAAUUCCCAUGAAAUCAGAAGCGGAUGGCCUGCCGGCGUCAUUUCAUUGUCGGGAAGAUGCCGAUGGCAAGACUUAUUACUUCAGUCAACUUUUCAUGACUUUAAUCAGAGACACGUCAGCGUGGUUUGAUGCUGCUCAUCAUUUGAGAGGCGGGAUCCUUGCAGAGGAAAUGGGCCUGGGAAAGACCGUUGAAGUCAUUGCCUUGAUAUGUUUGAAUCGUCGAGCUGCGACACCCAAGGUCGAUCCUGAGGGCCCCAAGGCUUCCGGGGCAACUUUAAUCAUUACACCACCAGCAAUCCUUGAACAAUGGAAACAAGAGCUGAAUCGACAUGCUCCUUCUUUGAGCGUGCAUCAUUACACCGGCAUCAAACGCAAUGUUCCUACCAGGCGUGGCCAAGAAGCAGCCGACGACGACAUGUUGAUGAAUGAACUUGCCGAAUUUGAUGUCGUCCUUACAACUUACAACGUCAUUUCUAAGGAAAUUCACUACGCCGGCGCCGCCCCAGAACGGAAUUUGCGUCACGAAAAGCGAUUUGAACAGAGAAAAACACCACUGGUUCGCAUCUCCUGGUGGCGCGUCUGUCUGGACGAGGCUCAAAUGGUUGAAAGUGGGGUCAGCAACGCGGCGCAAGUAGCUCGUUUGAUUCCCCGGGAGAACGCUUGGGCAGUUACUGGCACUCCACUGCGCAAGAAUAUCGACGACCUGUUUGGCCUCUUGCUCUUUCUUCAGUACAGGCCAUAUUGCUUCUCGAACCCCCUCUGGAAGAGGUUGCAUUCGCGCUUUGGGUCAGUCUUGGUUGAAAUUAUCGGCACGAUUGCUCUGCGACACAGUAAGGAUCUGGUGCGUGACGAGCUGCGCCUACCACCUCAAAAGCGAGUUGUUAUAACUACUCCAUUCACUGCGGUCGAAGAGCAACAAUACGGUCAACUGUUCGAUGAAAUGGCCUUGGAUUGUGGCCUGGAUAAUAUGGGAGCCCCGCUUCGGGGUGACUGGGACCCGUCUGAUCCUAAGACCGUCGAAAAGAUGCGGCACUGGUUGACAAGACUCCGCCAAAUCUGCCUCCACCCUGAAAGUGGUGGGGGCAAACGCCGAGUUGUUGGUGGAGGCGCUCUGCGGACUGUGGAGGAAGUGCUUGAUACUAUGAUUGAAACCAAUGACGCAAACAUCCGGGCCGAGGAGCGGACAAUUCUUCUCUCUCAACUUAGGCGCGGUCAGCUCCUGGAGAAUGCAAAGAGACGCCAAGAAGCUCUCGCUCUUUGGCAGAAAGCAUUGGACCGUUCUACUGAACUGGUCAAAAUCAGCCGAGAGCAAUUGCGUUUGUCUAAAGAGAGAGCUGGCAAUGAAGCCGACAGUUUGGUUGAAGACGAGGAAGCGGACAAGAACAGCCUCCUUGGUCAAUGCCGGCUCAAGCUUCGAGCGGCACUUGAGGUCCAGCACAUUGCAGUGUUCUUUACUGCUAAUGCAUUUUACCAAAUCAAAAGUGACACGAAUCUGACCACCCCAGACUCGGAUGAGUUCAAAGAACUUCAAAAGCGCGAGGAAGACGCCUAUGAGGCUGCCAAGGCUAUCAGAAAAGAGAUUUUGACGGAUGUCUCUCAAAAGGUGGAGCGUCACAUGAAAACAGUUAAAGAGAAGGCCAGCAAGAAUACCCUUGUGAAGCUACCGAAAAUGGAUCCGCAGAUCUACAGCGGAGGAAUUGAGGCUUACAACGUGAUCAGCAACUUUGAAGACCUGUGCGAUGCGCUUAACAAGCAUGCGGAGCAGUACAAGGAAUGGCGUGAAAUCAUGAUCCGGCUUGUCACCCAACCAUUGAUUGAUCAAGAAGAGGAAGCAGAGCUCGAGGGAGACGAAUACGAGCGGUCAACGAAACAUCAAGAUGAGAUGUAUGUCUAUAUGGAAGCCCUGCGCUCGAUUUAUGCCGACAGACACGACGCGCUCACUGGCGAUAAAAACAUCCUCAUCUCCCACGAAGUCAAAGCGGGUAUCGCCCAAGCUAAAAAGGGAGAAGGACCAUCACCUCCGCUGUUUCUUGACAUCAUGGAUAUUCGCAACGCGAUUCAGCCAGACCCUGAGCUCGGGUCAUUCCGUAAGAUUAUCAGUGAGCUCAGGAGCAUUUUGACCACCCUCGAAUGGCAGGCGAGCACUGGAAAUUCGCGCGCUCGGGCGGAGCAUGAGAUUGUCGAGAUGGUUCUGAAGAACGCAGGCCAGAUGAUUUCCGAUCAACUUAAAGCGUCAAAUGGUAUGGAGAGAGAGGUCGAGAUGUUCCGUGACGCGAUGAACAAUCGACUUGAAUACUAUCGCCAGUUGCAGCAGAUUUCAGACACCGUUGCGCCAUACGACGAGGAGAGCGCGGGUAUGCCGCUCAAUGAUACGCUUUUUGCCGAUAAAGUAGCAAAUGAGGGACUCAUCGAGGGGAGGCUAUCUACCUUGAAGUCCAAAGCAAGAUAUCUACUUCACCUGAAGGAGGAUUCCAGUGCCGAUGACAGCGCCAGGAUAUGCAUCAUCUGUCAGUCUUCAUUCGAAGAUGAAGACUCGCAUGCCAAGCCGAAUGCGACAGGCCAUUCUCAAAAUGCUAUUUACAGCGAUAUUAGCUCUGGGCUUAUGAGCGAGAUCAAAAACGUGGAGCUGAAGGAUUCGUUUGGAACCAAGAUCGACACACUGGCCCGACAUAUAAUUUGGCUGCGGGCGCACGACCCGGGAGCCAAGUCUAUUGUCUUCUCUCAGUAUAGGAGUUUCGUCGAAGUGUUGCAGACGGCGUUCGCUCGCUUUGACAUUGGUAGCACUACGGUGGACCACAAGAAUGGCAUUGAGAUGUUCAAGACGGAUCCAAGGAUUGAAUGCUUCUUGCUUCAUGGCAAAGCGCAAUCAUCCGGGCUGACUUUGAUCAAUGCAACUCAUGUCUUCCUGUGCGAGCCGCUCAUCAACACAGCGAUAGAGCUGCAAGCGAUUGCUCGAGUGCACCGUAUCGGUCAGCACCGGCCAACUACCGUAUGGAUGUACCUUGUUUCCGGGACAGUGGAAGAGUCUAUCUACGAGCUCUCGGUCACGCGCCGACUGGCCCAUAUCAUCGAAAAAGAGAAGCGUGAAAAUGCCCCGCGAGCUCACACUGGUGCUGUUGUCCAGGACUUGACGGAGACGGCCAUCGACUCUGCCAACUCCAUGGAAAUCCAAGACUCCCGCCUUGGGAGCUUGAUGCAGAGCGACGGAGAGCUAGUGAAGAAGGAUGACCUCUGGCAAUGCCUAUUCGGCAACAUCAAACAGGGAGAUGGCAAUGAUCGCUCAACCGAUGUUGAGAGAGAAGUUGGCCGGUUUUUGAGAGGAGAGGCCGCCCAGCAGAGAACAAGCGGGCAUUAG